UCUCACCAGGUUGGUUUGACAACGUCUUUAUAGCCUUGUACGCACGCCAUAUCUGAACAAAGAAACACAAGCUUGAAAUCAAAAACUGCUUCGCUACUAUGUGGUGGUGGGUGAGAGUGAUAUUGGUACUGUUGUUACCAUUUUCACUUCUAAUUCAACAAGGUAGCAGCAGCACUACAACAAGUGCUUGUCCACCUUCAUCUUGUGGUAAAAUUUCAAACAUAAGUUAUCCAUUUCGAUUAAAAGAUGAUCCAAUUCAUUGCGGGGAUAGCAGGUAUGAACUAUCUUGUGAAAAUAACGUGACAACCUUAAAUUUGUAUUCCGGAAAAUAUUAUGUGAAAUCCAUCAACUACAACAAUUUCAUAAUCCGAUUGGUUGAUAUUGGAAUUCAACAAGAUAAUUGUUCUUCAUUUCCUCUCUAUUUCUUGACUCAAUCUGAUUUCUGUGUAAGAUACAAUUACGUGGACAAAUAUUGCACAGAUCCAUACCAAGCCACAGCAGGAGGAGGAGGAGGAGGAGGUUCCAAUGCCCAUCUUUUUGAGCAUAUAGUUUACUUGAAUUGUACUCAUCGAGUGACCAACAAUCCUAAAUAUGUGAAUAUUUCUUCAUGUCUCAAUUGGAGCUCUAAAUCCCAAGGGUAUUAUAUUUAUGCUAUGGCUGGUGAUUUAAUUGCUGAUGAUUUUCAAGUUGGUUGUCAUGUGAUGUUGGUUACUCCAACGUCUUGGUUGAGAAACUUGCAAGGAAAUGAAGUGGUUUCUUAUGAUGUUAUUCGCAAGGCGUUAGAAUAUGGAUUUGAGAUUUCGUGGUUGCGUCAUAUUUUUCAAGAUCGUUGCAAAGGUAGUACGCAAUGCUCCUUAAACACUUCAACUGAGACGCUUCAAUGCGUUUGCUUUUGCCGGAGUUUCUGGGGAACUUGGAGCGAAACUUGUGGAAUACGGUCCCAGCUGAGUUUCUACACUAAAGAUACUAUCAUCACUAUCUGGAUAGGAUUAAUUGAAGUAAUAAAAGGGCCAAACCUAAAAUAUGAAUAUGAUACAGAGUAUAUAAUAGGAUUACGCACAGGACACUAUGUCCUACCGUCCUUCUUUGCAGCUAGAUUUCUGUUUGGGAUGACAUUAUUUAUUGCCUUGUUGAUAUACAAAUGGAAGAAAAGACAUUUAUCAAUGUUUGAUUAUAUUGAAAUAUAUCUGCAACAAGAAAACAAUCUCUUGCCCAUUGGAUAUUCAUACAAAGAAAUUAAGAAAAUGGCUAGAGGUUUCAAAGACAAAUUAGGUGAAGGAGGCUUUGGCACUGUGUUUAAGGGAAAACUACGUAGCGGUCCUUGUGUGGCAAUCAAGAUGUUGGGUAAAUCAAAAGGUAACGGGCGAGACUUUAUAAGUGAAGUAGCAACCAUUGGGAGAAUACAUCAUUUGAAUGUGGUGCAAUUAAUUGGAUUUUGCACCGAGGGAUCAAAACGUGCUCUUGUUUAUGAGUUUAUGCCUAAUGGAUCCCUCGAUAAGUUUAUUUUCUCUAAAGAAGGAAGUGUAAAUAUAAGCUAUAGCCAAAUUUUUGAAAUAUCGGUUGGAGUAGCUCGUGGGAUUGCUUAUCUCCAUCAUGGAUGUGAAAUGAAGAUUUUGCAUUUUGAUAUUAAGCCUCACAACAUCCUUCUUGAUGAGAACUUUACUCCGAAAGUCUCUGACUUUGGAUUGGCUAAGCUAUAUCCUGUGGAGAAUAGCAUUGUCACAAUGACUGCGGCAAGAGGUACCAUUGGAUAUAUGGCUCCAGAAUUGUUUUACAAAAAUAUUGGAGGAGUGUCCUAUAAGGCCGAUGUUUAUAGUUUUGGGAUGCUUUUGAUGGAGAUGGCAGGUAAAAGGAAAAACCUAAAUGCCCAAGCGGAGCAUUCAAGUCAGCUUUAUUUUCCUUUAUGGAUUUAUGAUCAAUUUGGACAUGAAGGAGAAAUAGAAAUAGAAGAUGUGACAGAGGAGGAAAAGAAAAUAGUAAAGAAGAUGAUCAUAGUGGCACUUUGGUGUAUACAAUUGAAACCAGAUGAUCGCCCUUCAAUGAUCAAGGUAGUGGAGAUGCUCGAAGGAGAUGUUGAAAGCCUUGAAAUGCCUCCAAAGCCAACCCUUUAUCCACAUGAAACGGUUGUAGACGAUCAAAGAACCAACCUUGACCAAACAAUGUCGAGUGAUGAUUACACUAGUUCUUAUGAUUCUGUUGAAAGAGAAACUAGUUCUCUGAUAGAGAAUAUUGCUUGAAAGUUCACAAAAGCAAAAUCUUAUGUAUCCACUUAUUGUCUAUUACACUGUUCUUAUGUAAUGCCUUUUCCACUACUGUGUUCUACAUCGAAUGUUCGAAAAAGCUUCUUCAUUUGUAAUUAAUAUGUAAUAAUGUUAAAAUCUCAUUCAACUGUGAACCUAUCUAUAUGGUAAUUUAGCAUACUGAACUAUAUUGGAUAAA